AUGCAGGAAAGCUACCAGCAAGACUCUAUCGAUGUGUUCAUAAGCCAUGCUGGCCCGGAUAAGCUAAACAUCGCACGUCCUCUUUUCGAGAAAUUGGAAGCUGAUGGUAAAAAGUUCUUCCUCGACAAGAAAUCAAUGCAGCCCGGUGACUGCGGACCGGACGAAAUGACGAAGGCCAUGAAAUCUGCGAAGGUCGGUGUUUUCAUUCUUUCUCCCGAGUUUGCCGCUCGAAAAUGGACGAUGAGGGAACUGCGUUGCUUCCUAGGUAGAAGGGAAGAAGCAAUAAGGAGUGGGAGGCAGCCACCAACACUGAUUCCGGUGUUUUACAGACUAAGUAUUCGGGAAUGUAGAAAGUUGGAGCCCAGUGAGCAUCAGGAUAAUGAAGGAAACAAUAUUUUUGAAGUUGAGAAGUUUUUUAGCGAGGAACGACAGUGCGAGGCGAGCACGGAAAUGGUGAAGAGGGAGCUACAAGAGCUGGCAGAUAUCACCGGGAUAGAAAAUGACGAAAAGGCAACGAACCGGUUGGAAGACGAAUUCAGCCAUCUUGCAAGAAAACAACUUGUGGAGCGAGUAUUUCUGGCUGUGAAAAAGAAAUGUGAGGAGCACUCGAGCGAUGUAGUGACAGAAGGCGUUCAUGGCCCAUUCGAGGAAGAGGCGAAGAGGAGCGACGCCAUUGGCGAUGCUCGUCAUCAAAUGCGUACUACAUCCGCGGAGGACCCGAAGGUGGAUGGCUUCAAGGCUUCGUUUCAAGUGCCAAAGAACCCGGACCAUGUCAUACUGAAGUUUGGACGCAGUGAAGAUGCUGGCAACAGUACGGAACGUAUGACGGCUCCGGAAGAACGAUUGAGGCGGAGUGUUUUGCGUCCGGGAGACCGUCAAAAUGUUGGUGCUGUUGGAGCGCGCCGUGGAGGGGUUGUGGGGACGAAGGGGAUGGGAGGCAUCGGAAAGUCUUGCGCCCUACGCGGUCUGGCCUCGGAUGAAGAGGUUCGCAGCCGGUUUUGCGACGGUAUAUACUGGCUGGUGCUCGGUCAAGACGCGACAGAACGAGGAGUAAUGGAACAGCUGGCCCGCAUCACGAGAGAAAGCGGAGGGGAAACGCAAGCGAAGGAGGUGCGUGAAGAAAGCGUGCUAGAAUCUGCGGUUUCGAGGGUCACAGAGUGGUUCAAAGGGAAGACGAUUUUGUUACUUAUCGACGAUGUCUGGAGAGAAGGCAUGGUCGGGAGAGAAGGCAUAGCCGGGAGUAAAGUCAUGUCAAGGCUGAGAGAAAUUGCGGAUGUGGAGAACAGCAGCCGUACAGCGUUCACAGCGCGAGAGUGGGGCGUGGUGGAGGGAAGCGAAGAAAUCCAAUUUUCGACAAAAGAAGAUGCUUCUUCUCUGGAAAUCUUGCUGAAGUCUGCUGACAUACAACGUGAAGAGGUUGAGGGCCUGGGGGAUCAAACGGAUAGGAUACUGAGAUUUUGCGGUGGGCUUCCGCUUGCGCUGUCCGUGGUUGGCAGAGCGAUUGCGAGACAUCGUGAGAUUGCGAAAGAACUUUGUCUGAAAAAUGUGCUUGAUGAGUACUUGGAGUGUCUGGAAGCUACAUCGUCAAUAUUAUUGGACGAAAGAGCGGAUGGGACGUACCUAUACGAGAACCUGUCAAUGGCGUUUGAAGUUUCGCUGUGCAUGAUGGAUCGAAAGAAGACCAGAGGAGAUGGGCAGUUGAUGUCCUACGCCGAGAUGUACGAGUCGCUGGUGGUCAUUCGGCGCCAGGGAUGGUUGCCGUUGAGUGUGCUCUGUUUGUUAUGGAGACGGAAAGGAAAAGCUCAGGCAUUGAAAGUGCUGCACGAAUUCGUGGAGGCCAGUCUAGUGGAACGAAAGGAUGGAGUGUCAAGUGGUCGCAAGAUCGCCGGAGUCAGGUUGCACGAUUUGCAGCUCGAUUACGUGCAACAGAGAUGUGGGAAUGGGGGAGAGAAGAGGUGGCAUGAAAAGCUUGUGCAAGAAUGGCAAUGGAACGAGAGUGAGAACAGGCAAGAAGCGCCGCCGUGGGUUUGCGGGAGAGGGUGGAAGAAGGAUAUGGUGGAGGACGAGUAUUUCCGACACAAUUUGUGCCGCCAUCUCAAGGGGGCGCAGCUGGGCGAGGAUUUGUGGGAUGUUUUGAGUGAUGCCAGGUGGGUGGCAGAGAAGUUAACUCGGGCAGAGGGGCUAAAUCUUCAAGAGGAUUUCAAGAUUUUGACGGACGUAGCCGGGGAAGACGGAGAACGGUGCGAAGCGGGAGGCAGGCUGUGGUCGUUGCAGAAGAUUGCUAGACAGGCGAGGCUGAGUGCGUCCUUUGUUCGUCGAAGUUCGAGAGAGGUAUUGUUUCAGCUGUACGAUGGUCUGUUGAGAUUCAGGAACGAGUCGGAAGUAAUUGGAGAGUUCUUACGCAGGAUAGAGGAAGUUGCGGAGAAGCCGUGGUUGAAGUCGCUUACACCUGGCUUGAACGUAUCAGGCGCGGUGCAACACAUAUUUCCGGACCAGGGGAGGGUGGUGGGAAUGUCGGGAUGCGCAGCUAAGAACGAAGUGAUCGCUUGGGGGGGAAUGAUGAAGCAUCUGUUUGCAGAUAAGAACGAAGUGAUCGCUUGGGGGGGUAAGGAGCAUCUGUUUCGUCGGACAUUCCGGGACGGGGAAAUGGAAGAAAACGUGUUGUUUGAAGUGGCAUGGGGUGUGAGAAGGUUUUGGUCGGAGAACGGAAAGUACGUAGCGGUAGUACAGGCAGAUAGAACAAGCGUGCAGGUGUGGGAUAUGCAUACAGGAGCUACAGCAGAGCGAGUCGGACAGGAACUGGAUGUAGGGCACCUGGAGAGGUUUUACAGUCGCCCUUUUGACUUGACGGGGGAUGGAAAGCGAGUAGCGUUUGGGAGAGAAGAUGGUGUGGUUGUGUUGUGGGAUGUUGAGAGAGGUGUGAAGAUCAAGGAGGCAGCGAAUAUGGGGGGCCAUGUUGUUCAGCAAGUAUCGCUUUCUCCGGGCGGGAAACGGUUGGCGUGCACAGGAAAAUGCGGCUCAAACGGGUCAAUUUUGAUACUGUGUGCAGAGACAGGGGAGAUGGUUCGGGUGAUUGGCGUGCCGAGUAUUCGACUAGCCGAUUGGACCAACGGGUCGAUUUCGUGGUCGAACAAUGGAAAGCGGGUCGCGUGCGUGUUCCAGAUGGGACUAUCUGAAGCAAGAUUGUGGAUCUUUGACGGGGAGACUGGUAGGAGUAUCGCGGAAAGCGCGCCUUUGGAAUACGUUCGCUGUCUUUCAUGGUCGGAGGACGGGACGCUGUUGUACUGUGGCGAGCACCGUGGCAAGAAGGGUGGUGGCAAGCAGGGUGUGGUGUCGGUACGGGACGGACGCUCGGGGAAGAGAAUAUCUUCUCUUCUCGAUGAUUUUUUGGCAACGGCAAUAUCUCUGUCCGGGGAUGGGAGAUGGUUGGCUGCUUCCAGUAGCCACGGGGUUUCUGUGAGGGACACAGAGACCGGGGCAGAAGUACGGCGGCACAUGGCGACACACGGGUCGCAUGUUGUGGUCUUGGGCUGGCUAGAAGAUGGAAAGCGGAUGUUUUCUGCGGAUGAGAAUUUCAAUAUUGUCAUUUGGAGGUGGGAUAAUCUGGAGAGGGUGCAGGAGGAGGAAGAGGAAGUCGACAAGGUCAACAAGGAAGGGCAAGAAUUCACGGCUGUUGCGUGGUCAAGCGAUGACAUAUGUGCUACUGUGGUUGGAGACGGAGACGUAGUGAUGUACGAUGUGAAGACGGGGAAGAAGAUGUGGGGGGAUGCUGAGACACACGUAAGCCAUGUGUAUUGUCUGGAGAUGUCUAGAGAUAGCAAGCGGGUGUUUACGGCAGCAGAAGAUGGAACGUUUGCGAUGUGGGACAGCAAGACGGGCGACAAGUUGUGGGAAGACUGGGCCAAGGGUGGUUACGCACAAGCAUGUUGGUCCAAUGAUGGGACGAGGGUGUUCGUGUCGUUUGGAAGGGGGAUGGGGUUGUGGGACGGGAAGACUGGGAACAAGUUAUGGGAGAGAAUCACAGACGCCUACAUGGACAUCGGGUGCAUGGCGUGGGCUGGAAACGACACGAAGAUCGCGCUUGGCGGUAUGGGUAACGAGGGCAGGGUCGUGCUGUUAAGCGCCAGAACGGGAGAGGCGAUCAGGGUGGCAUGUGGGCAUACAGAUGGCAGGGUCGUGCUGCGGGGCGCCAAGACAGGAGAGACGAUGGGCGAUGCCCCCGAACGUGUCCCAGAUUCGGUCGGCCUGAAAUGGGCUGCGGACCAAGGUCUGCUUGAGUGGUAUUCAGACGAAUUUGCAGACGAAGUUCACAUAGAUUGGUUCAACUUUGUCAAGCGGCCCUGGAGAGAAGGUGAAGAAGGUGUGCGGGCUUCGUUCUCUGUUGAGCGGGCUCCGUUCUCUGUUGGGCGGGCUCUGUUCCCUCAUGCGGUGAAGUGGUCUCCAGAUGACAAAUGGAUCGCGUCAACUGGAUAUAAUAUGGUUGAAAAUGAUGAAAAUGGGAAACCAAGCAGAGGCGGAGUUAUGAUCUGGAAUUGGGAGACAGAUGUAACAUAUCGGUACCAGCUCAAGAGAUAUUAUAAGUAUGGUUUACCACGCUAUCCGCUGGAAUGGUCUGACGACGGACGACGCGUAGCCCUUGGAAUUGGAGAAGAGCUCGCGAUAUGGGAUAUUGAGACAGGGGUGAUGUUAAGGUGCACAAACAGUGAAGAAUAUCGAAUGGAGAUUGCGCAGAUUGCUUGGUUCCGGGACGGGUCGCGAAUGGCGACGUUGGGUGGAGGAACGUUGGACAGACGUGGAGGAACGUUACGAAUCCUGUCCGUGACGAGUCAAAGCGCUGUCUGCGAAAAGCAAUACGAUGAUGUUGGGUAUCUCAAAGAGAGCGAUCUGCGCCAGUUCAUCGAUACGAAUGAGGGCAAACUCACGGCGGCGGAUCUAGAGAGGAAACUGGAGAGGAAACUAAGGAUUCGGCAAAAGGGAGAUGGAGUGUUCUACAAGACAGCCGCCUAGCAACCGUUGCGGGAGAUCGUUGGUCCUGUCGUUGGUACUGUUCUACUUCAGGUCGGCACAUUGCGAUCCAGGUAGAAGCAAAACUGUACUUUUACGAGCUCGUGCAGUAGUGUGAUUGUGAGUGUGUGAAUAACCACUGGGCAAAAGGGGAUGUCCCGGCCAGGACAGGAGGGGUUGUACCCACGGUAUAUGUAGUAAGGGAUGAUGUGCCAGGAGAAAUUUGUAUGUAUUUGAAGUUGUUUCUAGUUACCCGACGCCUCGAUGCCCCUCUCCGCAAAAAAAGUAGCCGGUACAUCUUUUCUAUGUGUCGCGCGCAGUU